GGAUCGACCACUCACCCCGGCAUCAGACCAAGUAUCUAGCCCAGCAGUCGAGACCGCAACACCCAAGUCAUCGUAUAGAAUGGAUCCCGAGAACAAGCCUCAAGGACCAUCUCCCAAUUACUCUCUGUACCAGCGAGAGAUUUUCAAGCAUGGCGGUGAGACUGGCCAGUUGCCGACGUUCUCCGUCCACCCCGACGAGCUCCAGGAAUCGACGAAGAAGAAGCUCAACGACAGGGGCUACUUCUAUGCCAACUCGAAUGCCGGUAUCGGAUGGACCGACCGGGCGAACAGGGAGGCAUUUUACCGCUGGCGCAUCGUUCCGCGCACCCUCGUGGAUACUAACGUCCGGGAUCUGACGACCACGAUUUUCGGACACAAGAUCCCCGCUCCCGUCAUGUUCGCACCAAUUGGCAUCAACAAACUAUACCACCCACUGGGAGAGUUCGUGCCCGCGAAGAUUGCGGGUGAACUCGGUAUUCCGUACGCUCUGUCCACCGCAGCGUCCCAGUCAAUCGAGGAAGUCGCGAAGGUGAACGACCUGGCCGCAUCUAUCAAGAACGAGAGCAACAGCGUGCACACGUACAGCGGACCGAACGGGGGCGACGCGCAGGGCCCGCGAUUCUUCCAGCUCUAUAUGGGUCAUGACGACGAUAUCACUCUUUCGCUGCUAAACCGCGCGUGGAAGUCUGGCUUUGACGUGCUCAUGCUCACAACAGACACCUGGCAGCUUGGCUGGCGUCCCACUGACAUCAACAUCGCAAAUUACACGUUCUACUACGAGAAUACGCCGGGCAACGCGACAGGCCUUUCCGACCCUAUCUUCAUGCAGAAGCACGCAGAGAACCUCAAGAAAGACUCCGGCAAGUGGAUUGACCAUAGCGUCUGGCAUGGCAAAGCCCACACCUGGGAGAAGAUUCGCUGGCUCAUCGGCGAGUGGAAGAGGAUCUCAAAUGGACGGCCGUUCGUGAUCAAGGGAAUUCAGUGCGCUGAAGACGCACUCAAGGCAUAUGACGUCGGCUGCGAGGGCAUCGUCGUCACGAACCACGCCGGGCGCCAGGUCGAUGGUGCAGUCGGGAGCUUGGAGGUCCUGCCUGAAAUUGCUGAGGCAGUUGGAGACAAGAUGACCAUCAUAUUCGACUCGGGCGUGCGCACGGGCGCCGAUGUAUUCAAGGCGAUUGCGCUGGGUGCGCAUGUCGUCGCCCUCGGACGGCUCUUUGUGUGGGGCAUGUCGCACGAGGGCGAAUAUGGCUGUCGGCAUGUCAUCAAGAGUUUGCUUGCGGAUCUGGACAUACUCAUGACCGUUGCUGGGUAUCGGAGCAUCGCAGAGGACGUGUACAACAACCGAAAGGCACUUAGGUACACGCCGAGCGGAGUGCCUCCGGGUCCGCACGAGCAUGCCACGCUGUGAUUUGUAGAUGUAGCGAGGAUGUUGUUCGCCAGUAAUCUGAGACAAAUCUCAUGCCCAUUUCGUGCACAUCCCCGG